CUGUGAGAGGCGCGAAGGACAUGCACCCACCUUGGGUUACUUUGCCCGCUCACAGCAUUCAUCCAGCCAAGCCAACGCGCGCGGCCUCCUCAUCCCUCUUCCUUCCUGCUGGACGUACAACACCUCCCAUCGGUUGCUGUUGCUGGCGCAGAGCACUCGGUGCUACCGCCAUCGAAAGCGCCCUCGCAGCAGCACUUUGCACGCUACUGUUCACAUUGUUCCUCCUCCUCUCCGCUAGGCAGCUGCGGCUCGGUGGCACGAGAGGAGGGCCAUCGUCACCAUCCCAUGAUGGUGGCAGCCGCCGAUCAACCGGCGCAGGCCGAGCCCGCCACCCCUUUGUCUCAGUCAUCAUCGACGUCCACGCCGACGCUCGCGCCCUUCAUCACCCCCAACCAGUCCCGUCGCGGAUCCGGUUCCGCCUCCUGGACCCAUGAGCUCAGUAGCGACGCAAGCAAUGGGAAUGGAAUUGCAAGUGGUAGCCCUUUGGGUACGAAGACUGCCACAGCCUUCCCGCCCCCUCAUCAGCUGAGAAUGACGAGUGCAAACUCAGCAACUCGAAAUCGACAGCAGCAUCGCACGUCGUCCUCGCAGUCUACUCUCGUUCAGCCCGCCUCUCCUACUCCCACUGACAAUGGAAACAAAAACGAUGAUGCAGACGGAGACCAGAACAUCGCCGCCGCGAGUGCACUUGCCGCCCCUACAUCAUCAGCAGCAGCAGCAACGUACGACGCUGCGUCUUCUCUCAGCGAGCUCGUUCCUGCAACAUCAUUGCCACAACCUCCCUCUUCUCCCUCCGCACUGUCUUCGGCGCGACAUUCAGCGAUAGCAUCGCCGAAUUUCGCUGGCUACCAGUUCGUUGUCGCCGCCUCUGAACCGGCGACGGCCGAUACUGCAGCCGUCGGAUCAGAGUCCAGCUUGAACUCUUCGCCGCAGCAGCAUGCAUCUUUCGCGCUUUCCCAUACCCAGGUCUUGCCGUCCGGCGGACAUGAGCGCCAGCGGUCCUACUCGCGCGCACGAGCGGCGAGUUCGCAUGCACCCCGCGAGAGCUCGAUCAUCGAGAUGGGCACGUCGCCUGUUGCGCCGCUGUCGGAAUCUGCGGACAGCGAAGGAAACGACGCCAGUGAUGGUGCGUCGAACCCGCUGCUGAUGGUGCGAAGAUGGUCGGACGACCAGGUCGCAGAGAUAGCAGCGGCGGCGCCCGCCGAAAACGGCAGGCGCAUCUCAUCGAACGCGGCAGGCUGGCUUGACGCAACAUCCAACAUGCUGCGCUCCUCCUUCAGCUCCUCACAGCAGCCUCCGCUACCGACGAGCAUGCGCGAGGUCCGACCGGGCAGCAUUGUUUCGCCGCCGCCGGGGCAGUCGUCCGCGUCGUCAUCGCCGUCGUUUGGCUCGGUCCGCUUCACAGGUCGCACCGGUGCCAUGUCCGCCGGGCCGUCGCCGUCGAUGGGGCCUCGGCGCUACACAGGCACUGCGGCGGGGCCUGGUUACAGUUCGGCAGGCCCGUCGCCGCCAUUUGUGCCCACACGCUACACGGGCUCGGCCGGCCCGUCGCCCUCUUCCGGGCCGGUGCGCUUCACGGGCAGCAGCGGCGCCGCGAGCAUCGUGUCCAAUGCGUCCACCUCCGCGUCGGGAACCAGCGUUCUUUCGUACGCGUCCACGUCCGGAGCAUCCAGCUGCUCGUCCCCGCCACCGCCGUCCGUGUCCAGCUUUCCCAGCAACGGGGGCCAAGCUCCGCACUCGGUGCGCUCCGACCAGGAGUGGACCGAGUAUCUCCACGACGGGGAGCUGCAGGGCCGCCAGCGAGGGCUCGACAAGGCGCUCGAGCUGCUGCGCGAGCGAUCGCGUGCGGCAGCCACAACAGGGGCAGCUGCAGUCACCAAGUCCAGCGCCAUGUCCAUCGGCGGCGGAGGCGCGACGGCAGAGGAGAUUGAGAGGCUCAUGGACUCGUGCGCUGCCACGCCGGACGACCCAGCGCGGAGCUGGUACGACGAUGUAGAUGUCUACUUCGCCAGCAAAGGCCACGUCUCAUCAGCUUCCACGUCCUCCCCCGCGCUGGCGUACAAGGUUGCCGCAUCUCUAUCGCCACAACCUGCAUCAUCGCCUAUGGCCACGCUGCGCGCGCUCUUGACGUUCGCCCCGCUGCAGCUGGCGCGCUUCCUGCGCUGGCUGGCCCGCCUCAACACGCCGGCGCUGCUGUGCUUCCUGCUGCUGUUCAUCUCUUUCGUCACGUCCACGACGCUGACAAUCAAGUACAUCCUCAAUCCGGACAAAGAGCCAAAGCCGUGGCGGCUGCACUGCGCUAAGGAAGCCACAUUCCCGCACAAUGUCGCGGACAAGCUUGCGCCGGUCGACGUCUUUGUCGGCGUCUUCUCUAUGGAUGCCAACUCGGAGCGCCGCUCGGCGAUCCGUCACACGUACGCCGCGCACACACUUCCACUCUCGCCGCACGAUGGGCAACCGAUGGCCAACGUGCAGGUCAAAUUCAUCCUCGGACGGCCCCGCGCACGCUACGCCCACGCCGUCGCGCUCGAGCAGGAGAUGUACAACGAUGUCGUCCUGCUUAACACCGACGAGAACAUGAACCACGGCAAGACGUUCGAGUUCUUUCGAUGGGCCAGCGAGAACGCUACUAUCCCCAUUGUACUCGGCCCUCCUGCUUCUCCUGCUUGGUCUUCACAAUCCCCAUCGUCUAGCUCGUCCAAGGAGCAGGUACCCGAAAAUGGUGGGCUGGAAGUCGGCAGCAGGAAGGUCAGGUGGAAGAUGGCCGACUACGUCGUCAAAGCUGACGAGGACGCUUUCAUUGUCUUGAGCGAACUCGAGCGACAUCUCAGGAUCAUACCGCGCACAAAGACAUACUGGGGCUACCUGAUCGCGGACAAAUUCAUGGCCGGCGAGUGCUAUGCGCUCUCGCAAGACCUUGUCCAGUGGAUUUCACAUUCGCAACGCGCCGCAAGCCUCUCCGUCGGCAAGGAAGACAAGCAAGUGGCCAAGAUGCUGCUGCAGCACCCGGAAGCCGCUACGAUCCACUACAAAUCGCAGCACUGCUGGAUCUAUGACCACCCGAAAGCCGGCACGGCGUACUCGCACGGCUUCCUCUUCCCAGAUUACGUCAAGGAUGUCAAGAAUGAGAUUCGUUACGGGCUAUCCUCUGCCGAGAUUGGCCGCCGUGGCGGACCCCGAGCUGCGCUGAGCUAUUCCACCGUGUCCAAGUGGAAACAGCCAUACAAGCCGCCGCGCAAGGGUAUGUCAAUAGAAGAGCAGGUCGAAGCGCUUGUCGAAGGCGGUGGGCGCUGGGCGAGCAAUGGCGGGGUGCGCAACGCAAUCGCCGUUGCCACGUACCCGCGCAAGGAGAUCGUGUACGAUGCAGAUGACGUGCGUCUGCGCCCCGCUAGUUUCCUGCCGAAUAAGGCACUGCCGCAGCACCACAUCGGACAGGAUCCGCACACUGGCCUCUCCAUCUAUCCCCUGCAGGAGGAAGAGGGGCGGGCGUCGCUGCUGCGCGAAGAUGCGCGGUCCCCGUCCCCGCCGCCGGCGCAGAAUGAACAUCUCAGAAAGCAUGCAGCCGCGAUCGUUGGACCUUACGCGACGGACAAGAUGCCCGCUCCAAUCAGCAAGGACGAAGGCGGCGCGCUGGCUGCGGUGCGCAAGAAGCGAUACCUCGGUCGCCCGCAUGGAGGGACGAUCGUCGUGCAUUAUAUCAAGAAGCACGAGUGGUUCUUAGAAACAGCGCUUGCUCUCUUGGGCAAACCGACACUGCGAGUCGAUGGCGCCGGCGGUCCAGGAAGCGAAUUCAGCGCUUUUUGAUCCAGGGUAGAGGGACACGCAGCUCAAGCGCGCAACGCUCCACAUCCAAUCCCAUCUCUUCGUUUUCCUCUACAUGUAGCUUCUCACUUGUUAUUAUACAAUCACUCGCAU